AUGUCGUUUGAAAUUUCCAAUUUGAGUAAGAAAAAAGCAAAGAAUCAAAAGAAUAUAGGAAACAAUAACAUCAGCAAUGGUGGAAAUCAUAACGAAAUAACAUCUGCAUCAUCGGGAGUUAAUAAUAAAACGCAGACAAACCGUGCCGGAAUACGGGUCUUUAAAAUUGUGAUUUUAGGGGAUGGUGGCGUUGGAAAGUCAGGCAAGUAUAUGUCUGUGACUCUUCAAUUUGUAUCACAUAGCUUCCUCGAUUAUCAUGAUCCUACAAUUGAGGAUUCAUAUCAGCAACAAGCGAUUAUUGACGGAGAGCCUGCUCUUCUCGAUAUUCUUGACACGGCAGGGCAAGUAGAAUUUACUGCCAUGCGAGAUCAAUACAUGAGAUGCGGAGAGGGAUUCAUCAUCUGCUAUAGCAUUUGUGAUCGACACAGCUUUCAAGAAGCAUCAGAAUACAGGAAAUUAAUAACACGAGUCCGACUCACAGAGGAUAUUCCAUUAGUGCUAGUUGCUAAUAAAUUAGAUUUACAAUCUCAACGUAAAGUGUCGACGGAAGAAGGAAAGUCUCUUGCAAUGCAAUUUGGUUGUCACUUUUAUGAGACAUCAGCAGCUCUUCGGUGUAAUGUAGAUGAAGUUUUCUACACAUUAGUUCGAGAAAUACGUAGGAAGGAAAUGCAAAAAACGCAAAACAACGACACAGGCUCUGAAAAAAUUCGAUGCAGAAGUAAGCGAAGUAAAUGGCUACGUCUACGUUCCAUUUUCGCAAUUGUUUUUAAGAGAAAACGAUCAAAUAACUGA